GCAGCAAAGUGAAAGCAGUAAAGCAAAAGCAAUAAAGCAAAAGCAGCAAAGCGAAAACAACAAAACAAAAACAGCAAAGCAAAAGCAGCAAAGCAAAAGUGGCAAAGUAAAAGCAGUAAAGACGGCAAAGUAA